AGCAUCUGCAGUGCAUGGUCUCCGCACCUCCAGGACGCGGCCGCGCGGGCAUGGAGAACCUCACGGAGAGCAUCGCCUACUUGGACAGUGAGAUCGACAUGGUGACCACGAGGAUCCUCUCCACCUGGGACUGGAGGAGCCCGGAGAAGUGCGCGGGAGCUCAGCGGGGGUCGCCCCUCUGUGCGUCUCCGGAGUCCCCCGCGGAGUCCAUGUGCUCCUCGCCCGAGAUGCCGCCGACCUCGGGUGACCUGCACGCCAGUGCGACUUCUUUGGGCCGCCCGGCGCAGGAGAUCGGCGUCCGACAGGCUGCGGAGAAGCCCCCCAAGGCCAAAAUGUCCACGAAGAGGCGCAUGAAGGCGAGCGAGAGAGAGAAGAUGAGGAUGAGGAGCCUGGCCGACGCUCUCCAUCAGCUGCGCCAUUACCUGCCUCCGGAUUACAGUGAGAGGGGUCAGCCGCUCACCAAGAUACAGACCCUCAAGUACACGAUCCAGUACAUCAACGAACUUUCUGAGCUGCUGAAGAAAACGUAAAGCCGGUUCCCACCCACGGAAGCAACACGUAACAUUCCACGCGCGGACGGACUGUGCGUCGACUGGAAGCGUGGGGCUCGUCGCAGUGUGAAGUGAUGCUUCGCAACUUGAUGUGUGCUGACUCCCACAGUUUCUUUUUCCAUUUACUGGUUUUACAUCCUUGGGCUACUGUAUAUAUAUAUAUAUUAUUGUGAUGAAUAUGAUUUC